GCAAUAUCCAAAGUCACCACCUCGUUUUUCAAUGAUUGAAAUAUCGUCUUCCUCUUCUAGAGUAGAGUCUUUAGGAAGCCAGUCCACCGGUAAUUCCACGACGGCAAAAGAGACAGCUGAUACACGCCGCUCUAAUCUACAAUUACCUAACAACAAGUCCAUCUACAAAACGUUUAUUGAUCAUGGGACAGAAUUCGACAAAGAAGAUUAUCCCACCCAUCCAAAUGGCGAAACAGUAUAUGUAAAUGAACCUGAGCAUUGAGCCUCCAACUUUUGCUAUGUUGCUUGGACUCACACGAUGCGUACCGAAACCACAAAGAAGAAAGACUGGAUUACUAGAAGAUACUACUGUUUGGGUGUUAUGUAGUGCUCUGAAGAAGGUUGUCCAUUUGGUGGUUCACCCCCAACUGGACCCAAAAAACUUGCAGAGGUUUCAGAUGGACUCAAAACGUGCCCUAUAUCAGCAUGUGAAGGCUAUCAAGUGCACAUAUCAUGUGACGCCAAAUGUCAAAUUGACACGGAAUUAGAUGAACAAGGAGUAGAGCAAUGGGGAUUACUCCGCCAUCAAGGUAUUCAUUGACAUGAUUGGGCUGAGGUCAAGAAGGCUGAUCCCAUAUCCAAAGAGAAGCUGAAGGAAAGGGUGAUCAACGACACCAAAACCGGACCCUUAGGUUUGAAGGUGGGACGCGUCCAUGUUGGUAAAGAGCUGAUUACCUCAGUCAUUGAUUUGCAUUCAUCUUUUUGUCAGGGUGGCUACC